UUCGUUGUUUCAUGUGAAUGGCAUCAGGUUUUCGUAGUACCGUUUGGGAUCCAAUUCUAAUUAUCAGUCAAAUUGUAUUUAUGCAAUGUAUAUUUUAUAUAUCUGUCGGUUCCAUUUCUGGACUUCUACUAAUAAUCAUUUCACAUAAUUUACCAACAUUGGAUAUGAUUUUUAUUGAUACGAAAAUUCAUUUCCCCGAUUCAAUCGGUAUAUGUCUCUUUAUUGGUUUUCUAUUAACUCCAUUAAUAUGUAGUAUUGGAUUAUGGUUUAUUGUAAAACGCAGUAAACAAUGUCUUGAUUUUUCAUGUACUAUACAUUUUUGGCAUUUUAUAUUUUGUAUUAUUUAUUCGCAUAGUUUCCCUCAAUCUAUACUUUGGUGGAUUGUCAAUUUAUUAUCAAUUGCUAUAAUGACAGUAAUGGGUGAAUUUUUAUGUAUGCGAAGUGAAAUGGCUGAGAUUCCUUUAAGAUCUACAUACAGUGUUAGUUGAUUAUAUAAUCAUUAUCACAUGGUUAUUAUUUAUACUAAUUACAUUAUUUGUGUUUUGAUUUUUGCCAUUCAUAUAUUUAUUAAGAUUUUAU